CAACGACCCUCUCAACACACUCAGGACAGCUCGUAUCACUCUGUAGCGUGUCCUCUUUCCCCAUCUUAUUGGCCAAUCAAACCUCUGUGACGCCAUCAUGAACGUAUUUGCGGACGAGGCCACAGAAGAGCGCGGAGAGAAUGCUCGUCUUUCCUCUUUCAUCGGAGCCAUGGCUCUGGGUGACCUUGUCAAGUCUACUCUCGGACCAAAAGGGAUGAAUAAGAUCCUCCAAUCCGCGUCGAAUAGUACUAUCAUCGUCACCAAUGAUGGUGCUACCAUUCUCAAAGCGAUCGCACUAGAUAACGCUGCUGCCAAGAUUCUCGUGAACAUCUCCAAAGUUCAAGAUGAUGAAAUUGGUGAUGGGACCACUUCCGUUUGUGUGCUCGCUUCUGAGCUUUUGCGAGAGGCGGAGAAACUUGUAACCGUACAGAAGAUCCACCCUCAGACUGUGAUCGAAGGAUAUCGUAUAGCUUCCAAAGCUGCUUUGGAGGCGUUGGAAGCAAGUGCACUUGACCACGGAUCGGACGAAAAGCAAUUCCGGGAGGAUCUUUUCAACAUCGCCCGAACGACAUUGAGCAGUAAGGUGCUGGCUCAGGAUAAGGACUAUUUCGCCAAUCUAUCGGUGGAUGCUGUGCUACGACUGAAGGGGUCAACAGAUCUGGAACAUAUACAAAUCAUCAAGAAAGUCGGUGGCAAGUUGACUGAUUCAUAUCUAGAUGAAGGUUUUAUUCUGGACAAGACGAUAGCUACCAAUUCCCCAAAACGUAUAGAGAAUGCCAAAAUCCUGGUAGCUAAUACUUCUAUGGACACUGACAAGAUCAAGAUCUUUGGUGCUCGAGUCAAGGUAGACAGCACCGGAAAGCUUUCUGAACUCGAGCGGGCUGAGAGGGAAAAGAUGAAAGCCAAAGUCGCUGCUAUCGCUGCUCAUGGUAUCACAUGCUUCGUCAACCGACAACUCAUCUACAAUUAUCCUGAAAACCUCCUGGCAGAGGCAGGCAUCAUGUCCAUUGAACAUGCCGAUUUCGAGGGUGUUGAACGUCUGGCGCUCGUCACUGGUGGAGAGAUUGCUAGCACUUUUGAUGCUCCCGAAAAAGUGAAGAUUGGUCGAUGUGAUGUGAUCGAGGAGAUCAUGAUUGGCGAAGACAAAUUGAUAAAAUUCUCCGGAGUCGCUGCUGGUGAAGCCUGCACAGUCGUCCUCCGCGGGGCGACGUCUCAAAUGGUAGAGGAGGCUGAAAGGUCUUUGCAUGAUGCUUUGUCGGUAUUGUCACAAACCGUCAAAGAGACCAGAGUGACGCUCGGAGGAGGUUGUGCGGAAAUGUUGAUGAGUUGCAAGGUGGACGAAGCGGCUAGGACUGUGAAAGGGAAGAAGGCUUUGGCUGUGGAAGGAUUCUCCAGGGCGUUGAGACAGAUUCCGACUAUUCUGGCGGACAAUGGGGGAUACGACAGCUCUGACUUGGUCACUAAGCUGAGAGCCGCGCAUUAUGAGGGUCAGGCGGAUGCUGGAUUGGAUAUGGAGCUUGGCCAAGUCGGAUCGAUGAAAGAAUUAGGAGUGACAGAAUCUUACAAACUGAAACGCCAAGUGGUCAUCAGCGCGUCCGAGGCGGCCGAGAUGAUACUGAGGGUGGAUAACAUCUUGCGGAGCGCACCGAGGAGACGUGAGGCCAUGUAGAGUGCGAGUUUAGAAGCUGUGCAUAUAUGCAUCGAGAUCAUCAGUUCC